AUGGAGGCACAAUCAAUGUUAUUCAUGGCAAACGACUUAUUGAUGUUAGAUCCAAAUCAUUAUGGGAGGUGGAAGGUGUUGAUGAUGCAUAGAAUUAAAGAAAUUCAUGUAGAUGCAUGGACAGCAGUUGAAUGUGGAUGGGAGUCGCCGAAACAGGCGGUUUUAGAUUUUGACGGGAAUCAGGUGGCUGUUGAAAAACCCAAAAUAGAGUGGUCAAAAUCUGAAAAAGCGUUGUCCACACUCAAUUCACUGGCAAUUUCAGCAAUAUUUAAUGGCGUUCGCAGGGAUCAGUUCUCAUUGAUUCAAGGUUGUACAUCUGCUAAAGAGGCUUGGGAGAUUCUGCAAAAUAUCUUUGAAGGGACAACAAGUGUGAAACGCACAAGGUUAGAUAUUCUUGCUUCUGAGUUUGAGAACCUUAGGAUGUAUGAGUUUGAGAAUAUUACUGCUUUUAGUGGUAGAAUAUAUGCUAUUGCGAAUGAAGCUAGAGCUCUUGGAAAGAAUUACAAAAACAGGAAGUUGGUCAAGAAAUUGUGGAGGAGUUUAGCUCAUAGAUAUCAUCCUGUGAAAAUUGUGAUGGAUGUUGCUCUUGAUAUAGAAAAUAUGUCUUUUAAGGAGGUAGUCAGUAGAUUGUUGAGCUAUGAGUUGCAGUACUUAUCGUCUGAUGUAGGUAAGAACACACAAGGGAUUGAUGUUUGUUCAGUCUGUGAUAGUGAAGAGAACACAGAGGCUCGUAAAACGGAAGAACUUGAGAGUCUUGUGGUGAACAAAGGACGCAAAAUCUGUGAUAGUGAAGAGAACACAGAGGCUCGUAAAACGGAAGAACUUGAGAGUCUUGUGGUGCACAAAGGACGCAAAAGUUUGAAGAUUACAGCCGAACAGAAAAGGAAUAAGGUUCAGUGUCAUGGUUGUCAGGGCUUUGGUCAUUUUAAAUCAGAUUGUCCUUCAGUGAGGAAGAAAGGGAUCAAGAGUCUGCAUUCGUCAAAGAGGAAGAAAAACACACAAAAGCCUCAAACAAAAAGGUCAAAGUUUGUUGCUCUUUGUGGCUCAAUGAAACUUGCUGCUGAUAAGUUGGAACUGAAGUCUGAUAAUGGAACAGCUUGUUGUACGGAUCAGGACUUUGAGCCAGCAGAAGAAGAACUUAAAUUGUUGUUGAAUGAUCAGAUCAACACUCUGAGGAAAGAUCUGAUACAAAGGGAAAAGGAAAAUCAAAGGCUUGUCACAGAGAAGAAUGACUUGGUAAGCAAAAUUUCAAAUCUGGAAGAAGAUCUAGUUCUGGUGAAAGUAAAGUCUUGUGAUUUAGAAAAACGUUUAGAAGAUCAGUUAAGAAGCAUCAAGAUGUUGAGCAGAGGAACAAAGGAUCUUGACAAGAUUCUAACAACUGGUAGAACAUGUAAUAUCAGAUGGAGUUUGGGUUACCAUGGAGGUGAUUCUGGUGCAACUACUCAGUUUGUUAAAGGAGAAAUUUUGGCUUCAAAAUUUGUAGAUUCAAGUCUCUGUAUAUCUCCAUCAAAGGUCUGA